AAAAUUCUCAGCUUCUAUGUGCAGGUCAGUCCCUUGCAGUGCCCGGGGAAGGUUAUGCUGCAGGACCCGUGAAACAGCCCGGACAUUACGCGGGACCCGUGAAGCCGUGCCGUGAGUGAUGCGGGACCCGUGCGCGGGACUCGUGAAGUCGUGAACAACCGAUUAACAUGCCCCGUUAAGUCGGCAUCAUAGCAUGUUCGCCGUGAAAUUUUCGGCGCCGCAUUCAGCUUACCAUAUGCUCUAGGAAAGCCGCUGAUGGCGCAGCGCAUGGCUCGACUACUGCUGGUUUCGCUCGUCAGCAUCGUCGCCUGUGCUUGCGUUGCGGUGUCGUUCGCGCGGCCGACCCAUUGGCGCCCCGACGACUAUCCAAACCCCUCCACCAAUGCAAGUGCGUGCGGUCGCGACCAGCCGCAGGUCGCCGGCGCCUGGCUGUGCGACCCGGACCGCCUUAUCACCCCCACGGCCGCGGCCGGGCUAGCCGACCUGCUGCGCCACGUGAGCGCCGGAGCCAAGCCCUUCGCGCAGGCCCCCUGCGGCGCCUCAGCGAUUGAGGGCUUCCCGGUCGGCGUCGCGCUGAUGCACCGCAUGUACGACAGCCCCGACCCAGCCGCCGCCGCCGCCGCCUUCGCCGCCGCGCUGCUGGACGCCUGGGCCCUGGGCGACCCCGCCUGCGACAACGGGCUGCUGCUGCUGGUGUCGGCACUGGAGCUGGGCGGCGUGGUGGCGGCGGAGGCGGGCGAGGGCGUGCGGGCGCUGCUGCCGGGUGGGGUGCUGGACGGCGUCGUGCGCAACGCCACGGAGGAGGUCAGGGAGCACAGGUAUGCCGCCGCCAUGGAGAACGCCGUCACCCACAUCGGCCAGGAGCUCGCCGCCGCCGUACGCCCGCCGCCGCCGCCGCCGCCACCACCUUCAUCGCCGUCACCGCAGCCGCAGCCCGGCGGCGGCGACGGCGGCGGCGGCAGCUGGUGGCCUCACCUGCCCCACCUGGAUUUGGUGGUGGUGCUUCAGGCGCUGGAGGAGGCCACUUUGGCGCUGUGCCUGGUGUCCGGACUGGUGUUUGGGGCGCACCGCAUCUGGCGGCGGCUGGUGCGGCGGCACCAGGCCGCUGCGGUGGCCGGAGCUCGCCGCGGGACCUGCGCCACCCGCCUGCGCGAGAUUACCCGCCUGGCCGCCGCCGCCGCCACCGCGCCCGCCUCCCACUGCCACCUGUGCUCCGUGCCUCUGCUGCUGCCGGGCGCUGCCAGCAGUCCACGUCAGCAGCAGGCACAGGGCUGCCAGCAGCAGCUGCCUCGGCCCGCCGCCGCCGGAGUGCCUCCAAGCCCCAGUCCUGACCACCAUCCACAGCAGGCGGCCAAGCCCACCGACCCGCUAAUCGAAUUGCAGACACCAGGAGCCGGAGGCGGCCUGCUGAUUCACCUCGAUGACCAACCAGCUGAAAUCACACACUCAGCCGCCGCCAAUCCGCCUCCGCCGCCACUGCAGCGCUCUGCCGCCAGCAGUGCCAGCAGCGCAGGCGCCCGCCGCGGCGGUGGCGGCGGCUGCGGCGGCCCGCAGCCGGCGACAUCAUGGCCCGCAUCAUUGGAUGGCUUGCAGCAGCCGCUACUGCCUGCCGCACACCAGCAUGCCGCCGACUGCUGCGGCGCCUCCAUGACUGCAAGCACCACCCAUGCCAGUGCCUGGGAGGAGGAUGGCAUCAGCGACGCCGCGGCGGGGGCCGCAUCGGAGGACGACGACGGGUGCGGCAGCCGCCGCCACCGCCCUGUUGACGCCGCCCUGCUGUGUGGCGGCGGCGGCACAAGCGCGCCGUCGCUGGAGGCGGCGGUGACACUGCCCUGCUGCGGACACGUGUUCUGCCGGCCUUGCGCGGAGCGCACCGGCCUGCUGCCGCUGCCGGUGUUUAAGGGCAGCGGCGGCGGCGGCGGCGGCGGCGGCACCGGCGAUGACCAGGUGCUCUCCACCACCGCCACUUGCUGCCCCGCCUGCGGCGAGCCCGCCGUCGUUGGUCUUCUGGGUCCACCGGUGGCAGGUGGGGCCGGCGCUGCUGCUGCUGGGCGGCAGCGCGCCGUGGAGGCAGCAGGCGCAGGAGCAGUGGGCGGCGGCUGUGAGCAGCUGCUGCUGCAGCUGCGGCGGCUGCGGGCGCAGUACCCGGAGCUAGUGGCGGCUGACAUGGCGGCAGCGUGGGAGCGCGACAUCCGCGCGGGCAGACCGCUGGAUGCGCACCAGCUCAGGCGCUUCAGGAAGGCCGGCGGGCGCAGCAGCGGCGGUUGGGGCGUGCGCUCCUGGCUGGCCUCGUGCCGUGACGGGCUGCGGGCUGCGGUGCAGCUUCGGUCGGGGCUGCAACAGGCGCGGCAGCAGCGGAUGCUGCAGCGGCAACAGCAGGGAGAGGCGGCCAUGGCUCUGGAUGCGGGGACUGCCUGGGUGUGACUUUGGUAUUGACAGGUGGGGCCGCAUGAUGAAGGUGCCGGUAAAGAUCCGCGGCUGCUCAAAAAGAUUGCAGGUUGUUGUCUUUGUGCAAGGGCAUGUUGCAUGUGGAGGCGGAAGUGCGGGGGCUGCUGGGGGAGGGGCAGACGUGUGGGGGACGCACCACACCGAUGCCGCACCCUUACCGGUCUUUGCGCACCUUGCACGAGCAUUGAGUUCUGCACUAUACGUCGUCUGAGAUAUCCUAGCCGACGGUUCUAAUAGUCUCGAGCUUUUGUAGCGAAUUACUGAGCGAAUUAGCUCGCUGUGGAACCAACUCGCUCGGAACGA